CCGGUUCAUAGAGAAGCGAAGAAGAAAAGAACAAAGGGGACGGGACGGGACGGAACGCUGCCGUUUGGAGGCUGUGAGUGAGAGGCUAAAAAUAUCAUUUCUGGGCCGUUGAGAAAAAGCGGCGGAGGUAGCAAUAAGCAAAGUGCCAAAGACUGAGCGACGAAGCUUUGCCCUUCGAAAAUGGCGAUAUCGGGGGAUCUGAGAGUCACUGCAACACUAGCGUCUUACCCUAAGCACCCUCUUCUGAGCUUGCAUUCUUCUUCGAAUUCUAAGGUGGACUUCAAUGCUUUUCCUAGUAGAGGAUCGGGGACCUCUUAUCAGCUGACACACAAGUGUCCUCCUGCCAUCAACAUGCUUGAGAAUCGUAGAAGCACACAUGGUCCUGCCAGAUGUUCGGCUGGAGUGUCUGAAGAUUAUCAUCAACUGUCCUCUUCAUUCUCUGAAGAUGCUGAGACCUUUAUUCUGAAUGCCAUACACAUGAACUUCUUCGAGCGCUUGAACUUGGCUUGGAAGAUAGUCUUCCCAUCACCUGCCCGGAGAAAGAGCUCAAAUGCGAGGAUUGCCAAACAGCGGUUGAAGAUGAUCCUAUUCUCCGACCGAUGUGCAGUGAGCGAUGAGGCUAAGAGGAAGAUCGUCAACAACAUUGUGCAUGCUCUGUCAGAGUUUGUGGAGAUCGAAUCGCAGGAUAAAGUUCAACUGAAUGUCACCACCGACACAGACCUUGGAACUAUGUACUCUGUCACAGUACCUGUUCGACGUGUGAAGCCAGAGUAUCUAGAUGCCGAGGACGUUGGAUCAAUCACCAACAUUGAAUACAAAGAAACCGGAGACCAAUCUGGUGCAGUUGAUGUCAGAUUUGAUUUCUACAUCCCGGAUUAAAGAACUGGGUGAUCCCUUGCAGACCUAGAAAGGCAAAACCAAACUGCAGCUUAUGGGCAGCAUCAGAAGUUCAAUCAAACCCCUUUCUAUGAUUUAGAGCUUUUAGAAGCUCUGUUAAGUGUUAAAUCCUUUGUAUAUAUCCCAAUAUCUCUCUUCAUAGGGUACUGAAGAUUCUUUGUUGUUUCCUAAAUUUGCAGUGAGAUUUGACCCUUGGUCUUUUGAAUCCUACGUCUGUGCAUCUGUAUAAUUGCCUUGCUUUCUUGUAUGGUUCCAUAGAAUUGUUAACUUUCACUUUCUAGCUAAGAUGACCAAGCCAACAAAACCAAAGCUCUACUGGUCUAGUAGCUGCUCUUCCUGCGAAGCGUUUUCUCCCCUUCUUUUUUGCCACGGUAGUAGUUGAGGUAGUAGUUGACAACGAGCUAAUUUAUCAACUAUCUCAUUUUACAAAACGGACGAUUUAUAACAAGACAAUUCGAACUACUUGCCCUAUUAUAGACAAUCUUAUAAACAGAUCAAUUCGAA